CCCCUUGCCUCAUUAUACACAGUAACAGGUGCUGGUGUCAUGGCUCUCGCACAGCAGUCGCAGACUUGGUUCCCCACACACGUCCAGGUCACCGUGUUACAAGCCAAGGCCCUGAGGUCGAAGGGUAAGGCCGGGACCAAUGACGCCUACGCCAUCAUCCAGCUGGGGAAAGAAAAGUACUCGACAACCGUGGCCGAGAAGAGCUUGGCACCCAUCUGGAAAGAAGAAGCCACGUUCGAGGUGCCCCUGCUGCACAAUGACAACCAGGAGCGCUGCACCGUGCGGGUCAUCGUCAUGCACCGGGCCCUGGUGGGGAUGGACAAGUUCCUGGGUCAGCUAGACCUCAACCUGUGGGAUCUACACCAGGCCAGGAACCGGAGAAAAGUGCAGUGGUAUCCCCUAACAUCUAAGCCUGGGAAGAAAGAGAAGGAGCGUGGUCAGAUAGAAGUGGAGGUCCAGUUCAUGAGGAAUAACAUGACCGCUAGUAUGUUUGACCUCUCCAUGAAGGACAAAUCCCGCUCAACCUUUGGCAAGCUCAAAGACAAGCUAAAAGGAAAACGGCCGGAUGGUUUACCGGACACAGCGUCUGCCAUUGUUCCGAGCAUGAAUCAGUACAGCGAUGAAAGCGAUUCAGAAAUGCCCGAGGCAGAAAAGAAGAAAUCUAAGCUAAAAACAUUGUUUUCUAAGCCAGGACUGAAGAAGAACUCGCUUUCUCAGUCCAUGUCUGUCCUUCCGACUCUUCCUCCAUCCCCCUCUCAGAGAACUGUACUGAAGCCUGGCGACUUCUCAUCUGACUUCAAGCAAACUUCAGGAUCUCCAGUGUCAGAGAGACGAUUUCCUCACAUUCCAAUAAUUGCUCACAAAAGAACAGCCAGCGCAGACACCAAGCAGUGGAAUCAGAUCGCAUCAGGAAACAAGAAGGAAGGACUGUCUCUUUUCAGUGGCUUGAAGCCCAAGAAUGACCCAACCAAUCGAUCCAACUUGUGCAUCAAUGGCAAUCACGUGUACAUGGAGGAGUCUGAAACAAGAAGUGACAGUUCCAAGGAAGGUUCUGUUACCAACUCCCCACAGAUCUCCCGUAAAAGUCUACUUUAUGCCUCGGCUGAGAACUUGUCCUUCAAGCCAUCCAAGGAAACUGUAAAUGCGUCAAGCAGUAAUGAAGGGGGGUUGACGUUUUCCAUUUCUAAUUCUUCCCUCAAGUCUAUUGAACAGCCUGCAACACAAACCCCUCAGGUUGAAGAGCCACGAUCAAAAAGUCCUCCAUUAUCCUCCAAUGUCUCAAAAGACACCAAGGAGAAUAAGAAACCGGAAAGCAAGAAAUCUUCCUUAUUGUCAUUGGUUACUGGGAGAAAGGAAACGCCCAAACCAGUGGAAGUUGAACCGCUUCCUGAUGUCUCUUCGAAGAAAGAAGAACCCAAAGCAACUAGUGGCCAGCGUCCUACAGAAGCAACCAGCAAAAAGUCCUCAGUGAACCCCUUUGAGGAAGAAAUGGUAGAGGAGAAGAAACCGGCGCCUAUGCCUACUGAAAGAAAUGCAAAAACCUCAGCCGUCAAACCCAGAACUAACCCAGUGAAGCCAAUGAAUGCAACACAAAGCAAGCCUCUGUCCAACUUUCCACAACCAAUCAAGAGUAAUGAGAAUACACUGAACAAUAUUAACACCAAGAAAUAUGAUUCUUCCAACCCUGCCACUGCGUAUGCCGAGCUGACCCACGAUGAGCUCAUCCAGCUGGUGCUGAAGCAGAAAGACAUCAUCAAUAAGAAGGAAUCUCAGGUCCAGGAGCUGGAGGACUACAUAGACAAUCUACUAGUGAGGGUCAUGGAGGAAACUCCCAACAUUCUGCGCUCUGGAACACCGUUCAGUAAGAAGGCCGGAAAGGUUUAAACCCAACAUAGACUGGCUAAACUCUUCUUCUCUUGAUGUCAGAACAGUGCUGGACAGAAAAUGUAAUCAUAAACCAAAUCUGGGUAUAGGGCAUAGUACAACACUGUAGUAAGAUGGAAGACUGAUGUUUUGUCAUCAACCUGUAUGUUACGCCCUGAGGAAUGUUAAUCAAUCUUUAUGGGUGCUAGAAA